GCCGCGGCGCCCAUGGAAGUGCUUGGUUUCUGAUGCUGGCGUGCGCUGCGGGGAGAGGGUCCUGGACUGAAGCAGGGGUCUCCGACCUUCGGCGCCGCCGCCAUGCAGGUCUCCAGCCUCAACGAGGUUAAGAUUUACAGUCUCAGCUGCGGCAAGUCCCUUCCCGAGUGGCUUUCUGACAGGAAGAAGAGAGCCCUGCAGAAGAAAGAUGUUGAUGUCCGUAGAAGAAUUGAACUUAUUCAGGAUUUUGAAAUGCCUACUGUUUGUACCACUAUUAAGGUGUCAAAAGAUGGACAGUAUAUUUUAGCCACUGGAACAUAUAAACCUCGGGUUCGAUGUUAUGACACCUAUCAACUAUCCUUGAAGUUUGAAAGGUGUUUAGAUUCAGAAGUUGUCACCUUUGAAACUUUGUCUGAUGACUAUUCAAAGAUUGUGUUCUUACAUAAUGAUAGAUACAUUGAAUUUCAUUCACAAUCAGGUUUCUACUAUAAAACCAGAAUACCAAAGUUCGGGAGAGAUUUCUCUUACCAUUAUCCAUCCUGUGACUUGUACUUUGUUGGCGCAAGCUCUGAAGUUUAUAGGUUAAACUUGGAGCAAGGACGGUACCUGAAUCCUCUGCAAACUGAUGCUGCGGAGAAUAAUGUUUGUGACAUAAAUUCAGUGCAUGGCUUAUUUGCCACGGGAACAAUAGAGGGUCGAGUAGAGUGCUGGGACCCGAGAACGCGCGGUAGAGUUGGCCUGCUAGACUGCGUGUUAAGUAGCGUCACAGCUGAUUCAGAGAUCAACAGUUUACCAACGAUCUCUGCUUUGAAGUUUAACGGUGCCUUGACCAUGGCGGUUGGCACAUCCACGGGGCAGGUUUUAUUGUAUGAUCUUCGGUCUGAUAAGCCAUUGCUAGUUAAGGACCACCAGUAUGGGCUGCCCAUUAAGUCAAUUCAUUUCCAGGAUUCCUUAGAUUUGAUUUUGUCUGCUGACUCCAGAAUUGUCAAAAUGUGGAAUAAGAACUCAGGAAAAAUAUUUACUUCCUUGGAGCCAGAACAUGACAUUAAUGACGUCUGCCUUUACCCCAACUCAGGAAUGCUUCUUACCGCCAAUGAAACUCCCAAGAUGGGCAUCUAUUACAUUCCAGUUUUAGGUCCUGCUCCCAGGUGGUGUUCCUUCUUAGACAACCUGACAGAAGAACUAGAAGAGAAUCCAGAAAGCACAGUUUAUGAUGAUUACAAAUUUGUCACCAAGAAAGACCUUGAAAAUUUAGGGCUCACACAUCUCAUCGGAUCACCUUUUCUCCGGGCGUAUAUGCAUGGAUUUUUCAUGGACAUAAGACUCUAUCACAAGGUGAAAUUGAUGGUAAAUCCAUUUGCUUAUGAAGAAUAUAGGAAAGAUAAGAUUCGACAGAAGAUAGAAGAAACACGUGCACAGAGAGUCCAAUUAAAGAAAUUGCCAAAAGUGAACAAAGAGCUGGCACUUAAAUUAAUUGAGGAAGAGGAGGAGAAGCAAAAAUCUACAUGGAAAAAGAAAGUUAAGAGCCUUCCUAAUAUUCUCUCUGAUGAUCGAUUUAAAGUUAUGUUCGAGAACCCUGACUUCCAAGUAGAUGAAGAGAGUGAAGAAUUUAGGCUUUUGAAUCCACUUGUUUCCAAAAUUAGUGAAAAAAGGAAGAAGAAGCUAAGACUCUUAGAGCAACAGGAACUUCGUGAAAAAGAAGAGGAGGAAGAACCGGAAGGAAAACCAAGUGAUGCAGAAAGUUCUGAGAGUUCAGAUGAUGAAAAGGACUGGGUUGAAGAGGUCAGGAAACAGCGCCGACUUCUCCAACAGGAGGAAAAAGUGAAGCGGCAGGAACGACUCAAGGAGGAUCAGCAGACGGUCCUCAAGCCCCAGUUUUAUGAGAUCAAAGCAGGCGAAGAAUUCAGAAGCUUCAAAGAUUCUGCCACAAAACAGAAGCUAAUGAAUAAAACCCUUGAAGAUCGGUUGAAACUUGAAGCAAAAAAUGGGACAUUGAGUGUAUCCGACACCACGGUUGGCAGCAAACAAUUGACAUUUACAUUAAAGAAGUCUGAACAGCAGAAGAAGCAGCAGGAGGCUGAGAAACUGCACCGACAAGAGAGGAAGACACUCCGUCGUUCAGCUGGUCACCUGAAGUCAAGGUCCCGGAGAGGACGGCUGUUCCACUGAAUCUGGAAAUGGUCCUCCACGUGGUUUAGAGGGAGCAUGUCUCCCCUGGUGAUGAUCAUUGAAGUGUAUCAAACACAGACGGGAGCGCAUGUUUCUGAAGUUCCACAUAAAUCCUGGCUGUGCCUACAGGGGUGGAGAGCUGGUCCCUGGCCCCCACCCCAGGUCAGACCGUCAGGCUGGUCUCCUGGCCCGCGCGGCGCCCCCAGAGAACUUCUGCACGUUGUCGCUCCUGCGGACAUUAUUCUUUCCCCCUGGUUUUAAUCAAGUAAAGCAGGUUGUUUUUUAACGUUGUGAAAUGCGCACCAUGAAAUGAGAGGUUAUCCUGUGCUAAAAGCCAGUACGGAUCGUCUUCUCGGAACUGUCUUUCUUGCACUGCCUGCUGCCAUCAUGGAUAAACUGCCCAGAAAUGCAUUCCUGUCGUACCUUCCCGUGGGCAUUGGUCGUGUGUGUUUAUAACUAUAUGCAGGCAGGGGUGUUGCUUAUUUAUGUGUUAGUUUGGGAUUUAAAAAAAAUUUAUUUUUAUACCAAGACAAUAUAAAUUAAUGGCAAUACAAUUGGAAACAAGAAGUAGAAGCUACUGGGUAUUCUUUUAACUUUUCACAAGAUUGAAUACAGAUUUUUUUUUUAAUCUUUCUUAAGCACAGUUGGAGAUAUACUGGUGGAGAAAACAUUUAUAAAAAUAAAUGCUUUCUUUUGAACAGC